CACCCACCCACCCAGUCAGUCGGUCACCUUCAACUCACUCCCCGAGGAGGCACUAAGGAAGGAAAUUGCUCGUGUUUUCUCCCCCUCUCUCCCCCUUUAUAUAAAUUAUUGCGCCAGAAACAGAAACCAGGACUGAGACGAUUGCGAGAGCAAGUGGGCAGCACAGAUUUUAAAAAAACAUGAGCUACCCCGGCUACCCCUCAGCACCAGGAGGAUACCCUCAAGCCCCAGGUGGCAAUGCCUGGGGUGGCUAUCCUACAGGAAAUCCUGCAAUCCCUCAAACCCUUGGAUUGGAAGCCUUUGCAAAUGCACAUCAACAGUUUAACCCCAAUUUGAUAACAGGAAUGGUUCACGACUUGACUAACUCAUUUCCCGGCAUGUACCCUCCUGGAGGAUUUGGGGCACCUCCAUAUGGGACUUAUCCACAAGCUCCAGGAAGUCAGCCUGGUGUACCUGCAAACCAUCAAGGCUACCCUGGCUCAACCCCAGGUUACCCAUCAGGCCCCCCUCAAGGUUACCCAUCAGGGCCCCCUCAAGGUUACCCAUCAGGGCCCCCUCAAGGUUACCCAUCAGGGCCCCCUCAAGGUUACCCAUCGGGCCCCACUCAAGGUUACCCAUCGGGCCCCACUCAAGGUUACCCAUCGGGUUCCGCUCAAGGUUACCCAUCGGGUCCCGCUCAAGGUUACCAAUCGGGUCCCGCUCAAGGUUACCCAUCCGGCCCCACGCAAGGUUACUCAUCGGGUCCCGCUCAAGGUUACCCAACAGGCCCCACUCAAUCUUACUCAUCAGGCCCUUCUCCAAGUUACCCAACAAACACGGGCUCAACUGUUACCCGUUCCCAAGUUCCAUCAAAGGUUGACUCAGAAUAUUAUGACCAAGUUGGCUCAGAAUAUUAUGACCAAGUUGGCACAGGAUUUGAAGAGAGCUUUAGUGACAUGCUUUCUGAGAUUUUUCAGCCUGUGAACAGAGGCAGUGUGAGGGAGGCUGCAGGAUUUGAUGCGCUGAGAGAUGCUGAAGCCCUGAGGAAAGCUAUGAAGGGUUUUGGUACCGAUGAGCAAGCUAUCACUGAUGUUCUUGCAAAUCGAUCAAAUAAGCAAAGACAGCAGAUUACGUUGUCCUUCAAAACAGCUUAUGGAAAGGACUUGGUGAAAGAGCUGAAGUCUGAACUAUCGGGUAACUUUGAGAAAGCCGUUCUGUCCCUGAUUAAGCCAUCACUACUUUAUGAUGCAACUGAAUUGAAAGAUGCAAUAAAGGGUGCUGGCACUGAUGAACAGUGUCUCAUUGAGAUCCUUGCAUCCCGUUCCAAUGCAGAAAUCCAUGAGAUCAACCGGAUAUACAAAGCAGAGUUCAAGAAGACAUUGGAGGAAGAUAUCAAGAGCGACACGUCAGGCCACUUUGAGAGGCUGCUUGUCUCCCUUACACAAGGUAACCGAGAUGAAAGCCAAAAUGUGGAUAUAACUCUUGUUAAAAAGGAUGCACAGGAUUUGUACACCGCUGGAGAGGGCCGCAUGGGAACAGACGAAUCUCGCUUUAAUGCCAUCCUGUGUGCCAGGAGUAGACCUCACCUGAAAGCAGUGUUUGAGGAGUAUCGUCAGAUCUGUAAACAUGACAUUGAGAAAAGCAUCUGCCGUGAGAUGUCUGGAAACCUGGAGAGGGGCAUGGUGGCAGUGGUGAAAUGUCUCCGGAAUACUCCUGCCUUCUUUGCUGAGAGACUCUACAAGUCCAUGAAGGGUAUGGGCACGGAUGACAGAACUUUGGUUAGAAUCAUGGUGUCUCGCUGUGAGGUUGACAUGCUGGAUAUCAGAGCUGAAUUCAAGAAGCUUUACGGGAAGUCACUGUACACCUUCAUCUCGGGUGACACCUCCGGAGAUUACAAGAAGCUCCUGCUGCAGCUGUGCGGGGGCAAUGACUAAGGAGACGGAGAGUCCAAAACGCCUUUGCAAGAACAGCUUGUUCCAUCAAAGCAUUUUGUGUUCUUUUAUCAGUUUUGUAUCUGCUUGUAAAUGUAAUUCUGUUUAUCUGCCUAUUGCAAUUCAUUGUUUUUAAUCAGAUAUUUUUCCUUUUUGCCUUUUUGCCUGCCAAAGAAAAAGUUUCAUCUCUCCACCCAAUAAUAUUGCAUUGGUAUUUCUGAGUAUUAAAAAAAAUCUACCCAGCGUAAAGCAAACGUAUGCAGAUGAUUCAGUAGCUUAGAUGCCAAAUGGCAAAAUGCUCAAUUUAGGGGAGCUGAAAGUCCGAUGAGCAAGAGGCUGAUGUUUGCUUGGUUUUCAAAGCAAAUGACACCGUUACAGUAAAAUUGUUUGUGGCCACUUUGUCUUGUGAAGAGAUCCAAUAUAACCUGUGACGUUGUUCGCAUUCAAUGAAAAAGAAAUGUUUGCAGAAUUUCUUUUACAUUCCAAUGCAAACGUGGAAAUGAAUCUGAAAGAUUUUAUUUUAAAAUAAGUCUUCAUUGGGUUGCUGGUUUCAGAAUGGGGUUGUGCUCACAUCAGGAAUAUCCUUUCAAUGCUCACCCGCAGCGAUAGCAUAGAUUUAGGUGCCAAUUACAAUAUUUCUUUACUAGAGUGCAUUUAAGAUUCGACUUCCUGACCAAAGAAUCCCAUGAGUGACCCUUAUUCUGCUGGGUUUUAUCUGAAGCAAUCGGAAAAGGAGCGGAUUAGGUGCCUGGCAGUUGCCAUGUUGCACAACUGGUAGUGAAUAUGAGGUAUCUUAGGCCAUCUGACUCCAUAUCUGGCAGGUUUAUUGGUGGCUGAAUGCAUUGUAGAGGUGUAGCAAUCGUUUACAGCCUCAAACUCCUGCUUAUGAGGUGAGAGCUUAUGAAGGAAGAAGAAUAAGGGUAUUGUACUAAAAUUGUUCAAAGAAUAAAAAUAAAACUUACAAAACCUCUA